CCCGCGCGCGCGCCCGCCUUCCUAUUGGGCGCGGCCGCCGUCCGUCCCGCUGGAGCUCGCAGGGAGGUUCGGUUGAGCGCGUGUUGUGAGGCGAGCUGGGAAGUUGGGUUGGCGUCGCGGGGCUGGGUCGCCGUCGCUGAGGGGCGGCGGAGCAGCAGCAGCAGCCGGAGCCGCCGCCGCGGCCGGGCGGCCGGGAGCGCGAAGCCCGCCGCCGCCCGAGCAGGCCGAGCCGCGGGAGGCCGCCUUCCCUUCCCGUCCCGUCCCGUCCCUUCCUCGUCCGCCUCCACCUCGUCCGCCGCCGCCUUCUGUGGCGGCGGCUGCGGCGGCUCCGCCCGUGCCGGUGGCAGCAGCGGCGGCGGCAGCAGCCAUGACGCUGGAGUCCAUGAUGGCCUGUUGCCUCAGCGACGAGGUGAAGGAGUCGAAGCGCAUCAACGCCGAGAUCGAGAAGCAGCUGCGGAGGGACAAGCGCGACGCCCGCCGGGAGCUCAAACUGCUGCUGCUCGGCACAGGAGAGAGUGGGAAAAGCACGUUCAUUAAACAGAUGCGGAUAAUCCAUGGCUCGGGCUACUCUGAAGAGGAUAAGAAGGGUUUCACCAAACUGGUGUACCAGAAUAUCUUCACUGCCAUGCAGUCAAUGAUCAGGGCUAUGGAGACCUUAAAGAUCCUGUACAAGUAUGAGCAGAAUAAGGCCAAUGCACUACUGAUCCGGGAAGUGGAUGUAGAAAAGGUUUCAUCCUUUGAACAACCCUACAUAAGUGCAAUUAAAACAUUGUGGAAUGACCCAGGAAUCCAAGAAUGUUAUGACCGGCGGCGAGAAUACCAGCUCUCCGACUCCGCUAAAUACUACCUUACUGAUGUGGAUCGUAUUGCCACCCCAGGGUACCUUCCAACCCAACAAGACGUCCUGCGGGUCAGAGUUCCAACAACUGGGAUCAUAGAAUACCCCUUUGACCUCGAGAACAUUAUAUUCAGAAUGGUGGAUGUUGGUGGCCAGAGGUCAGAAAGGAGGAAGUGGAUACACUGCUUUGAAAAUGUAACUUCCAUCAUGUUCUUAGUAGCUCUUAGUGAAUAUGACCAAGUACUGGUGGAGUCUGAUAACGAGAACCGCAUGGAGGAGAGCAAAGCCCUUUUCCGGACCAUAAUCACCUAUCCCUGGUUCCAGAAUUCUUCUGUCAUCCUCUUUCUCAAUAAGAAAGACCUGUUGGAGGACAAGAUAAUGUACUCUCACCUUGUGGAUUAUUUUCCAGAGUUUGAUGGCCCCCAGAGAGAUGCCCAGGCAGCCCGGGAAUUUAUCCUCAAAAUGUUUGUGGAUCUAAACCCCGACAGCGAUAAAAUUAUCUACUCUCACUUCACUUGUGCCACAGAUACGGAAAAUAUCCGGUUUGUCUUUGCUGCCGUCAAGGACACCAUCCUGCAACUCAACUUGAAGGAAUAUAAUCUAGUCUGACCUUGAAUUAUCUGCCCUCUUCUCCCACCCUCCCACCUGCCCCUCCCUUAAUCUCCUUGGGAGACCUUUUGUCGUGAAGAAAAGUAAGACAAACGAAUCUCAUGAAUUGAAACAAACGAAAAAUGUACAGGAAAACAAUCUUGAUUUUUAAUGAUGUAAUGAUUGCAAAUUGUCUGAUCUGUGGAGUGGCAAAGUUUUUUUUUUUUUUUUAAGCUCACCAUUACCUUCAGUCUCAUGUCUGCCCCACAGAAUAGCUUAUUUUUUUUUAAUUGCUUUUAUUCCACAGUUUAAAAACAAUGGGGGACAUGUUUCACUCUUUCUCUCUGGCACCUUGUUAAUUUCCUGCUUUGUUGCCAGCAGUCAAGGCAGUUUCCUCUUGGACUCUGUAUGUUGCAUUAGUAAAUUCUUUUCCUGUCUGAUCUGGCGAUAAUUGAAUCCCAGACUAUCAAGCCAAAAUAAUGAGCUUAUUCGGCGGUGGGAGUAUGAAAUGCAGCUAGGACCUUCAGCUUGUGCCAUGUGAUGCCUCUGGUGUAUCUCCCCCUUCCCCCCCGCACGUCCUGACCAAAAGGAUAUGCGUGGAAACGGUAUACCGAAAUGACAUCCUAAGGGGAAAAGCCCACUUUAUUUUGCAGUAGCGCAAAACCAGCCAUCCUUUGGUUCCUGCGUUUCUUUGUUCCUUUACUCUAGCUUUUUUCUCUACCAAUUAUGGAAGUUAUACUGAGACUGUGAUUUUUUUUUUUAAGUUAUUGUUCUAUACAUAGUUUGCUACAUGUGCUAGACUUUUGUUCGUUGACUACCAACCAAGCAAUAGCUAUCAAGCCUGGGGGAAGUGCCUGAUUGCGGGUUUUGGGUUUUUGUUUUUUUUUUUUUGGUUUUGUUUUGUUUUCUGUUUUAGCGUUUAAGGAAAAAAAACUUGCUUCUCACCCGAAGCGAGAGGCGAAGGUAUUCCAAGAGGGCGACAUCCCUCUGGUGAAGCCUGAAAUCUGCACCAGAUUUUGGCUCAGAAGGAAGAUUUGAGGUUCUGACUCUUACUGUUGGACCCUUUUUGUGUAUGUGUUCUGCCAACGACCCUUUGGGUUAGUCAGAAUCCUGACCCAACGUGGUAAGUUUGGAGGAAGAACCUUGGUGGGGGGCGGGCUGGAGACGGUGUCUGCGUUCUGAGUCAAGCUGGGGCGCCUUGUGCCUCUUGUCCUAAACGUUUGGGAAGGGCUUGCAAGUCCUUUUGAGUUGUGCAGCCUCACAGGGGGCCAUGAUGAAUGACAUUGCCAAGGCCGGUGUGAUUGGCAGCUGCUGCCCCCCCGUCUUCCCAUCUCUUGACCCCGGAUGGCUUUGUUCUGUCGGAAGCAGACCCGCUCUGGGGGUGCCUGUGUGCAUGCAUGAAAGAACCCCAGGCCAGAACCAGCCAAAGGGCCUGUGGAACGGAGAUGGUAGAGGUCAAGAUUUGAAGCGGGCAAAGGGAGAGGUUUCCAUUUCUGGAUUCUCGGUGCCAAACGUGUUCCCGCAAAACCUGCUCGAAGCCAGUGCCAAACCCCCAACUUUGCUGCUCUUUCUGGGGGGCAGAUUGCCACAGCACCCGACAAGCGACACUAGAGAAUAGGUGGGAUUUCUGAAUGUGCUCCCGGAUGUGAUGUGUAGCAGCCACGGUAUAAGUGACUUGGAACUGCUAACCGCCAAAUUUACAGAUGCUGCAAGAAUCGGCCUUUCUCUUGGAAGGGACCACAGGCCAACCCCCAUAACGGGGACGGAAAAGGACGGGAGUGUCAAAUAUGCUUUUACGUUGGAGCGGGCAACACUAGUUGAACUUCCUUGCACGAGAUGUAAUGAAGGGUCUGGGGGGGGCUGUUUUGGUUUGACACGAAAACACUAAUUUCAUGUGGACGUUUGCAGCAUUCUGGGUGGGGUGGGGGUGGUGGAAGAGGGUGCUGCCUUCAGCUUUCUGGAACACUACAGAAGAAAGCCGGGGGAGCCGUGCUUCGGAGAGGCUCCCGCUUGCCGUUGUGCAAUUUCCGACAACACGCCGUGAGUGAGAAGUUGUUAAAAUUGGGAGACAGAUCAAGAGUAACUACACGAAAGGGCUUGUUGGGUUGAUACGAGGGGAGAAUGGAGCAGUUGCUAUUUUCCAACGUCACCGACAUUCCUGACUUACUGUUUUGCUCUAAAUGUACAGGGGAUCGUGUUGAGGGGGGCGAAUGGAUCCCCUGAUAGGCAGAGGAAUAGCCAUGUGUUGGAUUUGUGUUCUCGCCCAAAGACCCAGAUUUUCUUCUGCGAGAGGGGUUCUGUUCUUGCAAAGGUGCCGUGACUUACUUUCGGAGCCCCUUGCCGGAAGCCCUUUCUUGUGUGGAGCGGGCCCCUGCCUCCCUGGCCUGGUUCACCGCAGCUCUGGGACUGGGAGCUCUGAGACCGGGCACUGGGAAAGGGGCUGCUUGGCCACCUCUCCUGCAUCGUCUUUCCAGGGAUGGGCAUCCCUGCCUGAGUCGGGGCUGGGGUCCUCCUCGCCAGAUGCCAUGUGUGCCAAGCGGGCUCUUAGUCUGCCCACUGUUGGGCAAAUGGGGUGGGAGGGGCAGCUGGGGCCGAGAGGAGAUUUGCGGGCAACCUCUUCUGUUCCUGUGAAGCUGCAUUACGUGGACCAGCCGUUGGGAUGGAUAUCCCGCCCCGGUUUCUGCUCCUGAAUGUGCCAACCCCCCUCGGCCAUCGUUUUGUUCCUCCCCCACUUCAGUUGGGCUGGAGGGAGCGGAUCAGGGUUCCAGAUGACCCCGAAAGGAAGACGCAGAGUUUGUGAAAUCAGGCCUGCGCGUGGUGGAGGGAGCCAAAGUUAAGACGGAGCGGUCUGACCAAGUUCUGUUCACAGUGCACUUUAUAUGAAAAGAGUCCUGCUGAAGACGCACUCACCUGCUCACACACUUCAUCCGACUGUAUCUGGGAACAGGAUUGCAAAAUGCAUCAUUCCGUUUCCUUCUGGGACUUUGCAACGAUCGGCCACCUGACUAGCAGCUGCCCCCCCCGCCCCCGCAGCUCCGUUUUCCCUUCCCUUCCCUUCGGAUGGAAUUACCAGCUUUUGCCUUUUACUGCGUGUCCCCACCCCCGCCACAUGUUCUAUUGCUACUUUGGGGAGGGCGUGUGUGCUGGCCAUUGCACUUCACCAGAAAGGGAGGUUGAGUCCACCAUCUGAGGUUCCAGGUCUGUAAUUCAGUACUCUGUGUGUGCGUGUGCGUAUGUUGUAUACUUUAUUUUUAAAAAGCAUUACAUGGUUUUGUGCCAAUGCCCCAUUCUUUCUUCAGUACCAGAGACUCUUUUACAAGUACCAGUGUGGUGAAAAAUUAUUUGGUUAUACUAGUAUAUUAUAAUAAGAGAACCUGAUUUAAAAGAAUAACAUUUAAACAUCCUAUUUAAAAGAAAAACUACUAUAUAAAAAUGCUGUUUUUAAAACCUUUUUUGUCAUUUUGAACUUGCAUGUGGUGUUAACACGUGGGGGCGGGGGCGGGCAAAGGAGGGGGUUUGGAAUUACGUGGCCCGGGAUUGGUUUUUUUUACCCGUGUUCCUGCCUCGCUCCCCAACUGCGAGGAGGCAGAAACUGGGUUUCUCGGAACACUUGAAUUCUUUCAUCUGCUGGGUGCUGACCCUCCUUAUUUUAGAAGUUCCUGAUGGAAAUUGAUUUUCAUAGCUUUCUCCUGAAUAAAUUGUUUGAAAUUGGAAUAAAAUUCAUUCCUUACAAAAAUCA